AUGACCGCGACACCCUUUCAGAAGGAGGCCUGGAUUGAGUAUGGCAUCGGUGUGAUUGUCAUUCUGUUUCGCCUGUUCGCCCGUUUCAAGGUCGUCGGAUUCAAGAACUGGCAAGGCGAUGACUACUUUUCCGUCAUUGCCCUGAUAUUCUGGACGGCUGAGUGCACCAUGUUGGAGCUCAUCGGCCAGUAUGGCACCAAUAUCGGCUUGACGGACGAACAGCGAGCGGCGUUGAGUCCGGCAGAGGAGGCCAGACUGGUCUUUGGGUCGAAGUGCCUGAUGGCAGGAUGGACUUGCUAUGUCACUCUGAUCUGGUCGCUCAAGGCCUGCAUGCUGUUCUUCUACAACCGUCUCACACUCGGUCUCACGCAACAGAAGCUCGUCAAGUUCAACGCGCUCCUUUGCGCCUGCACUUUUGUCGCAGUCAUCUUCACCAUCUUCCUCCACUGUCGCCCGAUCGAGAGACAUUUCCAGGUCUAUCCCGAUCCAGGCCUCAACUGCUCUGCGGAUUUUGUCAACUACAUUGUGAUUGCUGCGACAAACGUCUUAACCGACGGCAUCCUGCUCUGCAUCCCAAUUCCCCUCCUCCUCAAAGUUCGCCUACAACUGCGCCGCAAGCUCAUCAUCGGCGUCCUCCUCUGCGGCGGUGUCUUCGUCAUGGCGGCCACGCUCCUCCGCUGUAUCCUCUCCGUCAAAGACAUCAAUAGUAUCAACAACAGUACAGUCUGGGCUAUUCGCGAAACGUUCGUCGCCAUCAUCGCCGUCAACGCCCCCUGCAUCAAACCCCUCUUCAGCUCCUCCAUCUGGAUCCGCUCCUCCUCCAAAGACCCCUCCUCCGGCCGCGGCGCCUACGGCAAAAGCACCGGCGCCAGCUUCAAUCUGUCCAACAUGGGCCGCUCAAAGCACCACACACAACUGGAGUCGACGGCAUCCAAGACUGCCGGGCGGGACAGCGACGAGUUUGGGAUGCUGCGUGAUACGCAUAAUGGCAGUUCCGCGCAGGCUGGGCGAGGCGAUAAUAGCAGUUUCUCGGACGAGGAGAGCGGCAGGAAGGACGGCGGGAUUCAGGUUACGACUAUGUAUGAGGUUAGGAGGGAUGGGCAUUAA